UAGCAAUAACAAGUGCAACGGCGUUUCGCAGCCGCCUCAAAACUAACUACGUGUCAUGUAAUCACUAGUACUUGGUGGGUGGUGCAUAUUCUCUCAACUAGAUCGUACACAUGAGGGUGGAGAGGACUAUCUUUGAUUUUCAACUCUGGUUUCGGAGGGUUGCAUCAAUAUCAUCGUUACGGUAGCGCGAUAUCGAUAUGGAGCGUUUGCUGGCAUUUCUGCUCUUGCUCAUCGCCGUGAGCAGAACAGGAGCUGACCAGAAGUCGUUUGAUUGCAAAAUGAGGCAGCUAGCUAUCGACUAUGCCAGGAAAUUGCAACCCGAUCGCUCCAAAAUGCACUUCCAGCAAAUAGCAGAUGCUCUGAACGGUGCUCAAGAGGCACAGGAUUGCAACGUUAGUGUUGAGCACAUUCCCGACGAUCAUCCCGAUAGACCGAAGUUCCCCGUCUUCGAGCUACCCAAGGCAGGAAAGAUGCUGUAUGUGGAUGCGAGCAAAGGCAAAGACACCAAUGCUGGAACGGAGUCACUGCCCCUGCAAACAAUUGGACAUGCUGUAGAAGUUGCACGUGGUUCAGGUGGUGCUACUAUCAUCUUGCGUGCGGGGACCUUCUACUUAGCAGAGGCAAUCGUAUUGGGAGCCGCUGACAGUAACCUAGUGUUUCAAAACUAUAAUGGAGAAGAGGUUUGGGUGAGUGGAGCUAUGCCAGUCAAUCCCAAGUGGAGUGCAUUCAACACAUCCGGUGCUAAUGUUUAUGUUGCCGACUUAUCAGCCCUGAAAUUGGACGAAGUUCUCGGCAUGCGUGUCAACGGAAUGCGUGCAAUUCGUGCUCGCUAUCCUAAUGCCGACCCGGAGAUGGGUUUCGGAAGUUCAUUGAAAGCUAAGCAUUGGCUCCCGCCCAUUCACCCUCCAAAACCAGACAAGGACAUCUUCCCUGCAGAGCCAUUACGCAACACGACCCCAAGGAUGUUUCAAAGAUAUGUCCUUGGUAUCGGUGGUUCCUGCGAUGGAUUCACUCCUCCGGCGGGAUACUGGUGCAGUAGUAAUACUGCAGGAGGUGGUGGUGUGACAUAUCGCAUUACUUCAGGAAUGGUCGUUGACAAAUCAGUUCUACCUCAUAUGCCAUAUAAGGAUGGUAGCACAGCGAUCAUCCAAGCCUGGCGUCCUGGUCACUGGGCAAGCUGGAUGUUUGAUGUGUCAAAGUAUGAUGCGGGAAGCGGUACAUUCACUUUCGGGAAAGGUGGCUUCCAGGGUGCUAGAGGCAACGACAACGGAGAUGAAUUCUACAUUGAGAAUGUAAUGGAGGAGUUAGACAGCCCCAAUGAAUGGUUCUAUGAUGCCAAGACUGCAAAGAUGUAUUUCUGGUACAAUGGCACAGGUAUGCCUCCAGCCUCAACGGUGUAUGAAAUCCCUCAUAUCAAAGUACUUAUCAAUGCUACCGGCACUCAGAAAGCUGCAGUGAAAGGCAUUCAGUUCAAGGGUAUCAACUUCCGUGACACAGCGUACACGUAUCUUGAUCCUCAUGGCAUGCCAAGCGGAGGAGACUGGGGUCUACAGCGCACUGCAGCUCUGUUCUUCGAAGGCACCGAGCAGGUGGUGGUCGACUCUUGCCUGUUUUCUCGUCUUGACGGCAACGCACUGAUGCUGUCUGGCUACAAUCGUGAAGCAGUUAUUGAAAACAAUGAGUUUGUAUGGAUCGGUGAUUCAGCCAUUGCACAGUGGGGCUACACGAGUGGUACAGAGGUGUAUGGAUUUGGCUGGGAUGGCACUGACGGUAAUCAACCUCGUGGAACUCAGAUCAUUGGUAACUUUGUCCACGAGCUGGGAAUUUGGGAGAAGCAGUCAUCGUUCUAUUUCCAGGCCAAGUCAUGUCAAAACCUUCUUGAGCGCAACAUCUUCUUCAAUGGCCCUCGAGCUGGCAUCAACUUCAAUGAUGGAUUUGGCGGUGGCUCGAACAUCAGUGAAAACUUGCUCAUGAACACGUGUAGGGAGUCAGGAGACCAUGGGCCGUUCAACAGCUGGGACAGGCAGGUGUUUGUGACGAAGGUCGGGGACGGGAAGACUGCCUCCGUGAUUAAAGCGUACGACAACAUCGAGCGCAACUUCAUGAUUGCCAAUUACAACAGUCAAGAAGCAAUCGAUAAUGACGAUGGCUCCUGUUACUUCGAAACACAUAACAACUUCUUUGCGUAUUCCGGUAACGGAAUGAAGAACGACUUUGAUGGGCACGAUAACCACCAUCACGACAACAUCUAUGCAUAUGUUGGAAGUGGGUUCCGUAUCUGUGCUCAGCUUGAAGGCCAUAACGACAUGUUCUAUGGGAACACUGUUGUAUUGAAGCAAGAUGGCGACUAUGGACGCGGCACCUGCUCCGGACCCGGAAAAACUGUUGUUCAUGACAACAAGAUUUACACGCCGACAGGCAAAGUCACAGAGUGCGGAAAACCACUGGCCGAGUGGCAGAAGGAGGGCAAUGACAAAGGAACUACUGCCGCACCAUAUCCGCCAGAUGAGACUCUGGUGAGCGCCAUUUCCGAGCUCCUCGAUAUCAAGACGAAUCUCCUGGACUAAGCCUUAUCAGUAUACUCCCUGUCAUGAUGCUAGAAACAAAUACAUGAAUCUGGCUCUAGUAUUUCAGCUUGGGGAUAUUGCCGGAAAUUCAGUUUUUUGCUUCUCCGCUUUUGAUUUCCCCAGUUCUAUCCUUCAAGCGUUUUUGUUGUGAGUUGCAAAAUGGUCCACCCAUUUCUACGUUUUCAAUCUUUUUUUAAACAUACAAGUAUCCUUUAUCCAUGUGCAAUUUUAGUACAUUGGUUCUUCCUAAUAUUUCCUGAAAGUGCAAAUUUAUCACUUAUUUGGCAUUUCAUUGAGGCUGGCUUCACAUGAUCUGCUUGGAAUUCUUUGCUUUACCAGUGUGUCGUCACUUUAGUCACCUGCUAUCAUUGUCCCAUCACUGAA